AUGUCCUUGCUCAACAUGGCAUCCAUCGACACUGGCGAUCUGGACGACUUUCUACACACCGAACAGAUGAUGGAGAGCGACGCGACCGAUCUCAACGGGAAUGUGAACACAAUUACGCCCCCGUCCGAAUACAAAAGAUCGGAUAGCGGCACUCAAGCCAAGCGGAAGAGCAAGCCUGCUCAACUUGCCAUCUCUGCGGUGCCGAACCAUCUUCAGUCUGGUGCUCAUCACUCGAAUGGACGAAUGACUGGCUCCCCCGCUCUUUUGCCAGCUUCGCCGAGCACCGCCGAUGUCUGCUUCCCAACUCAUAUUUCCACUCCUAGCUCUCACAGCGCCUCUCUGCAUAGCCUCUCAUUCGAGUUCGGCGAGAGUGGUCCCGAGACGAGUCCAGACACGGGCAUGAGCAUGGUGCAGAGCCCGAGCGCUGCCCUGUCCUUGGCCCUUCCAUCGCCAAACCCUCAUUCGUACACCUUCGAUAAACCACCGUUCCGAAGCUUUGGCAUUCAGUCGCCGGUCGCAUGGCCUGCCGAUGGCUUUGGAGGUAUGGAGCACGAUGCUCGUUUUGUCCCUGACCACUUUGCCAUGCGGCUCUCGCACGUUGAUGCCUACCCAGCCGGACCCUUCCGCGACAUGGAUGGCGCAGAGGAGAUGCUGACGAUGCCGAAUGCGCCGGUGGGUUUCAAGAUGGAAGCUUCCGAGCACCCAAUGGACUUCACGCUGGAGAACAUGCCAAGCCCCUUCUCUGAAGAUCGAUCAAGCCCUAGCUCAUCUGCCCAUGCUAGCAUGCUAGGCAACGUGAGCCCUGUGUCAGACAAGCGCCGCCGACUCGGUAGUCCUACCGGUAGUGCCAGCACGGCAAGCUCGAAAGUAGCGCAUCGCUCCAGUGACUCCAAGCGACGUUCUGGCGGAGGCGCAAAGCGCAAGCAGACCAAAAAGGGAGCAUCUCCACCUCUGCCCACGAGCGGCGCCGAUGUCCCCGCUGAAACGGAUCCUCCCAAUGGUGAAGCGCAAACAAGUGAAGCCACUGCUUUGCCUGCUCAGCCUGCUCUGCCUGCUCUGCCUGCUCUGCCUACUCAGCCUGCUCAGCCUGCCGCAGUGGACCCAUCGCUUGCCACAGACAAGCAGCCAGAAGAAGCCAAGCUAGCGCCUGCGAAACCAUCCAAGAAAAGGGAGCCUCCUUCCGCAUCGCAGAUCACCGAAAGUGGCCAGCCUUUCCCGGUCAUUGACACGUCGGCCACUCACUCGUCGCUGUUCGUCCAUCCUGACACAUCUGGGCUCACAAAGCGCGAGGCGAGGCUGGUCAAGAAUCGCGCUGCCGCCUUCCUCAGUCGUCAGCGCAAGCGAGAGCAGUUCGAGGAGCUCGAGAGCCGCUGUCGAAGCAUGUCACGACUGGUCUGGCGUCUGUGGGAGGUCGCUGCUGGUCCCGAUAUGCCCUGGUCGGCUUUCGGACAGACAGUGUUGCCAAUGUUGCUGGGAGAAGAGACACCAGACGUUCGCGAAGUUCUUGAACUGGUGGUCAACGCCAAAGGAGCCAGCAUCGCACCUACCGAAGACCCCUCAGCAGGGUCUUCUGUGCCGCCUCUUUCUGAUCAAGCCAGCGAAAUUUCGGAAAGCUUUAGCACACGCGGUGUCAAACGCGACCGUGGAGAGGCGAACCACACAGCCAACGCAGCGACUUCAGAUCAAGCGCCACAAAACGAAUUAUUCUCGCUGCGCUCGCAAAUGGAAGCGUCAAACCUCGAUGAGGCUGCCUCUGCGUCGCAGUGGCCUGCAUCGAUGAACAUGCUGAAUGGGGGCAGUGCUGCACCCAGGCCUCAGACCGGUGGCUCUACUGCACAAGCAGGCGAUGAGCGUCCUUUUCGAUCAGGGCCGCCAGCGUCUGUGACUGACAGCGACACGCUGGCCUCUGCCCGAACGCUAGUCGUCGAACCUGAAGCUGCUACCUGCAAUCAGCUCAAGCAGGCGACCCAGUCGCUGACCCCGCCAGAAUGUGGUCAGGAAGACCAAGAGGCAUUGACUGCUUUUGUGAGCCGGGAGCCGGCUUCCGCCAGCCAGGAAGCCGCGGAAGACUAUCAGGAUGCUCGUGAAACCAUGGAUGGCACUGAUUCGGUAACGACGAUCGCGCACAAGUCACACCCAAAGCCAGUGCGGGCCCCUGCUGUCAAGUCAGGAUCUGCCGGCCAAUACACUCCUCGCAAGACAACAGGAGGCGUUGCCUUGAUGGUCAUGCUGUUCAGUUUCGCGUUGUUUGGAGCUACCUCAGCUCCAGGAGACGGGUCUGCACAUGCGUGCGGCGACAAUUUCUUCAACCUUGGCCAGCAGAUAGAUUCUGCCGGAGCGCCACUGGUGCACUGCGUGCUUCCAAAGCGCAAAGACGAAGAGAAGGAUGAUCAAGAAGCAGACAGCGGGCACGCCGCUGAGGACAAGAGCAGCGCAAAGGCAUCUCAGAGCCAAAGCAGCGCAGAAUUGGAGCGCUUGCUCGAUCUUCCGCUUGACUUGAGAUGGGUGCGCGACAACGCACCAAACGACUCGAUGAGCAUGCACGCUCUGGGUGAGCACUUGGGGCGCAGCGGGCUUGACGUGGAACGGGCCUAUCUCGACGUCGACGUCGAAAAAGAGUCAGAGCAGUCCGCCAAGAGCUCGCCAGCUCCGGCCACGCCUGUGCGCGAGGCCGCAAGCGAUGUCAAGCCUUCUUCGUCCGCGUCGAGACGGGUGACGCUGUUCAUUCCCGCACCACGCACAGCUAGUCAACGUGCUCAGCAGCAGUGGCGAGCCAGCGCGUCCGGCGGGUCUAUUUCCAAGUCAGCACCGAGCAAAGCACGUAACUCCUCCAAGUCCUUAAGCUUCGUCAAAGCAGCUCGUACUGCCUUCCGGCUACUUGGCGCCACUGGCAGCCCUCGCACGCAGAACGGCGACCUGGUCCAGCAGGAUUUCUUUGCCUUGGAGCUGGGUCUCACCGGGCCGAAGGAUUUGCGCUCAAGCGCGGCGAUUGUGGAGCAAUUGCUCGCUGGUGCCAGAUCUGUGCAUCACGCUUGA